UUGCUGACCUUUAAAACGAUUUUUAUUGUCUUUUUCUUUUUUCUUUGCAUUAUAAAUGUGUUUUUGUCGGAAUCGCGAGUUUCUGGCCAUUCCUUGUCAGGUCAUUGUCUUGGCGUUUAUCAAUGGGGUCCUGGCCUAUAACUCGUCUCAUAAUUGACUUAAACACCGUUGGAUGGUUAAGGGAUUUUUUUUUCUUAUGUUACGCUGGAGUCCAUUUCAUGAAAGAUGCGUGCCAUGGCUUCAUGUGAAAUCGGGACGGAAUUUGUCACGGUGACGCCUCGCUCGAAAACCGUGUCAGUGUUACCUUCUCAAAACGACGAAAGAAAAAACCAAAACAUGUGUUCACUUUCGAAAUUAUCAGUUUAACUGUAGUGUCUUCUCAGUGACGGUGGGAUCCUCCAGUACAAGGGACGUUACCCUAGUUUCCGUGUCGACGGCCAGUUGAAGUCUGGAGGGGUUAGGUUGGAUGGGGAGGGGGAGGCAGGAUGGUGAAGACGUUCCAGGCCUACUUGCCAGAUUGCCACAGGACUUACUCCUGUAUUCACUGCCGAGCGCACCUCGCCAAUCACGACGAACUCAUAUCAAAGUCUUUCCAAGGGAGUCAAGGCAGAGCCUAUCUCUUCAAUUCUGUCGUGAAUGUUGGGUGCGGCCCAGCAGAAGAACGAGUUUUACUCACGGGCCUCCAUGCAGUCGCUGACAUUUACUGCGAGUGCUGCAAGACAACACUCGGCUGGAAAUAUGAGCACGCAUUCGAGUCAAGUCAGAAAUACAAAGAGGGAAAGUACAUCAUUGAACUCGCACACAUGAUCAAAGAGAACGGUUGGGACAACUAGCAUCAAGCCACUAGCAGUUCUUGGCGUAGCCUAGAAAGAAAUUUUUCAUUUGAAGACAGAGACUUUCUGACAUCCUAGCUGUGUGGAUUGUUUUAUUUGUCAGUGUACGCCCUGAUGUAUCCUAAACUCGUUUUAUAAUUAUAAGUGUGUUUAUGUGUUGAUAAUAAUUUCAGUAUUAAUUUUUCUCUCUGUUUUUCUUUUUCUUAUCACCCAACGAUGUCAUCUUGCAUUUGAUUUUUCAUUCUCAAUGGAUUCAUGCAUAUUGUCACAUUUUAAAUCGAAUAGUCAUGUGCAAUAGUUUUUAAUAAAUAAAAAAAAAGAAAAAGAAAAGAAAGAACUUGUCACCUAUUGAGACAAUUUAAAUAUGGGUUUCAUUGCUCAGGAAGCACAAGUUUCGAAGAAAAAGAAUAUAUAUUUGCUGUUAGCCAAUAAGUGCAGGUUGUGUAUAUCAAUGUGUUAAGAAUUUUUUUAUAUUGAUGCAUACAUUGUAACAUGCUUAGUCUAGAACACGAUUGUAAGAGGGUGAAAGUGAGAGAGAAACUGACUCUGAAAAUUUUUGUUUGGAAUUCAAUCAUAAUUAAGGCUGCACUCUGUGACUAAAAACACGCUGUCAAUGUUUCAUCGCAGCGUUUCCGACCGACUUGCUGGUAUUGUGAAAAUUGUAUCACUGUUGUUGUUAUCACAAGUUUCUUUCAUUGUGCAUAUUUUGUCCAGGAGUUAGUUAUAAAGAGUUAAAUAUGAAGAAAUCCUUCCAGUUUUAUAUUCUGUACAAUACACCAUGAAUUGUAAAACAGAUUAUCGAAAAGGAGAAUAAGUCAUUUACAUGUAUACAUAUGUAUAUAAUGUCAUGGAAAUUAUUUUCUAUGAAACCUAACUUUCCAGACUCCCCUCCCCAAAGUAAAUAUUUGAUCUUUGUUUUAAUAAAUUUGUCCAUGAUCUCACAUAGUUAUAAUAUUUUCUGUUUUAUAUAAUUAUAUACGUUUAUGUAUAUAUUUUUUUUCCAUUGAAAUUUAUCACUUUUUAUUGAACUUGUUAAGAUAAUUCCCAUUAGCUCAAUAUCAUUUAUAAAAAGCGAAGUGCACAUAAUUAUUGUGCAUAUCCCUAAUACAAAAUAUUGUAAAUGUAUUAUUUAAAAAAAAAAAAAAAAACUUUCUGAGAAUCUAGACUGAAAUAUUGGAAGUUUCCAGUGUUCAUUGAAAAAGUAGUCCUACAUCAUGAUAAUAAUUGAAAAAAAAAGAAAAUUACAGUCAUGGCUAUAUCUAAAAGACAAAAAUAUUUAUUUAAAAAGAUAAAAAACUGAAAGCUCAUUUCAGCCUAAAUGCAUUUGUGGUUGUUUGUCACUGAAGCGUUUUCCCCUUUUCCUUAUCCUACCCCAAAUAUCACUCGCAAUAAAUUGUUAAAUAUUGUACUGGAAUAAUAUUUGUGGCUCAGAGACACACCACAAGAAGAAAAAGUGGAAUAUAUUUUUUUAAUAAUCAAAUAUAGAUCAAUUUCAAAAGUUGGAUCAAACAAAUGGAAGUUCUGGAGCAAGCCAUUGUAGAAAAAUGACGAAAGAAAAAAAAUGUGCUGUGUACUUAAUUUUAGUAACAAGACAAUUUUUUUUUUUUUUUUUUUUUUUUCAGAGUCUAGUCUAUUGUAAAUAUUUUUGAUGUUUUAAGAGCCAACAUUGCUUUGUGUUUUUUUAUUCUUUUUGUACCUAUUGUUAUUAUUGAUAUAUUAUAUAAAUGUGAUUUAUGUGGAUGAGAGUCAUUGUGAAAGGAUUAAAGAUUGAUACGUUAGAUUACAAAAGAGGGAAUGUAGUUUGCAUCCGCCUGGAUACCAAGCUGGUGCCUGAAUGUGUUAGGAGGACCAAAAAUAUUAUUUUAAAAAAUAGACAGUAAGAAUGUAUAACUUGUUUUUUAUCUAUAUAUAUAUUGAUUAAAAAUUAUAUAAUAAAACUAUUGAAUUAAAUAUAUAUUUUGGAUUAUUUUCAUUAGUAGUUCAUAGUCGGAGAGGAGGUUUUAUAAUUACGAGCUUUCGAUAUGAUGUUUAUUGUAAUUGUUAAGUAAGAUUUAAUGUUGAACGAUUAGUUUUAACUCGGUUAUUGCCAUAGUGCAGUGCUUGUGCAUUGUGAGUAAAAGUGAUGUAUAAACAAACUAUUAUUAUUUUAUACAAUUGAAAACUUUGUAAAACAUUUAUAAAUAAUAAAAGAGAUAAAAAGGAAGCAAAACAGUUAUAAAUUUUAUUGUGUCAUAUACUGUAAACAGCUCUAUUUCACUGGCCUAUCUUGAAUGUAUUUUGAAAGGAUAUAUCCUGCAUAAUGUGUCACGAUAGUCGUAACUUUUGAGGGAAUGAGAUAAUAGAAUAGCUGUUGAAAUUGUGAUAUACGUAUAUAAUGUAACAAUAUGGGUUGACAUAGGUCCUUAUUAUAGCUAUUUUCUCAUGAUGUCUACUAUGUAUUGUUAACACAUGUUUAUGAAUAUUGCUGUAAUAGUCGCUAAGGCGCAUCGCUUAAUAAUAGAUAUUUAUAAACAUCA